CUCCUCGGCUUCGUACUCUGGUGACAAGUCGGGUGUGUAUUUACGUGGAAAAAGAAUUGUCGGGGGCCUCCUUGCACCAUUAUUUUGCGUAAAACUCGGAUAAACAAUUUUUAUAAUGGCUCAACAUACCCCAGAACAACGAAAUUCAGAGAAAUGCGAGCGUGGAAUCUAAAACUAAUACAAUAGUUAGAAAAUAAUUAACAAGAAACAUUUUGAGUGCAGUUUAUAAAAGAUGAAAACGUUUAAUAUAUCGGUCAUCGGUCUCUCGGGGACUGAGAAGGACCGAGGACAAGUCGGUGUGGGCAAAUCAUGCUUAUGUAACAGAUUUAUAAGGCCCAUGGCCGAUGAUUACUUCAUAGAUCACAUAUCAGUUUUGAGUCAGAGUGACUUCAGUGGGCGAGUUGUUAAUAACGAUCACUUUCUAUAUUGGGGCGAUGUGCACAAGAGCACCGACGAAGGCACUGAAUACACCUUUCACAUUAUCGAACAGACCGAAUUCAUGGACGAUUCCACAUUCCAGCCCUUUAAGGUUGGCAAAAUGGAGACCUACCUGAAGCGAUGCACCACCACAAAAGUAUUUUCGGCCGAAAAACUCAUGUACAUUUGCAAGAACCAAUUGGGAAUUGAGAAAGAGUACGAACAAAAGAUAUUGCCCGAUGGCCGAUUGGCCAUAGAUGGCUUCAUUGUGGUGUUUGAUGUCAGCCCUGUGCCAAAUCGAAAUAUUGAAAAACAGGUGGAAUUUGUACAAAAUGCAAUUACUUUAAUACUCAAAAAUAAGAAGCCAUUGGUUUUGGUGACCACCAAAAACGACGAUUCCUGUGAUCUGUACAUAAGAGAGGCGGAGAAGAUAUGCCAGCGUAAGGAUUACAAGGGCAUGAUACAGCUGGUGGAGACAUCGGCCCAUGAAUCCAUAAAUACGGAUUUGGCUUUUCUGCUGCUGGCUCAAAUGAUAGACAAAGUGAAAAACCGCAUAAAAAUCAUUCCAUAUCAAGAAGCUGCUAGGUCGCGCAAAGAAUUGCUCGAAAGUCGUUCGGAGGCAGUGACGCGUCUUAUAAGAAAUCAAAUAACCGAUUAUCAUGUCCUAUGGACACACGGCUCAAAAAUGCUUGCUCAAUUCAGAGAAUGGACAGAAUUUUUGAAUAUUUUUGGCCACGAUGCCGGGCAGAAGUUGUUUCGUCGUCACAUGAAGAAGCUGCGUGACGACUAUAUGAAUCAAAGGCUGCAUCAGUAUUUGGAUAAAUUUGCUCGUACACUCGAAUACAUGUUGCCAGAUGUGAAUGCUCUCUCCACCAGCGAUGAUGAUAUUUGGGAAUGUGCCAAGGGUUAUAUUAGAAACCAUUUAGAGUUUGACCAAUACUUUUUCGAAUGUCCCCAGGCCACGUGGCAGGAGCUGGUGGACAUGGAUGAGACGGAAGAUGAGGCGCGUAUUCCUUUUGAUGUUUUAGAGACUUCAGAGGCAGAGACAGUGUUUAGGAAUUUUUUGAAUUCUGUGCAACAGGACAAAAAGAAAAUAGGCUGGAAACAACAAUUCAAAAUACUUUUGGAAGAGUCCGGCUUUGUUACUCCCGGCAAGCAGUUGUCUGAAGUUCGCGUACUCUUUAUGGGUCGUGAAUGUUUUGAGGCCUUGUCCGAGCAUGACUGCCAGCAAAUAUAUGACAUACAUCAGGAUGAGAUAAUUGAGAAGAGUAAACAAAAUUUUAUUGAGUUACUGCUGGAGCAUGCCCAAUUUUUCCAACAGUUCAAAAAUGUGGAUAUUAUAACCCAAGAAGAUGUAAGACAAAUAACAGAUAUACUGCAAGAUGAUUCCAGAUACAAGAUUAUGGAUCGCUUGGACCAGGAGAGACGUGUCAUUUUAUUCCAGCAUUUAGGCUUUAUGCACUGUCCCAUACGUGACCAUUGUCCAUUUUACCACAGUUGUGUUGACAAUUUCAUUGAAGAGAUCUUGGCCGACAAGUCCGCCGGUAGCCAUAAAACUCUGGGAAGUGGUGGCAGUGGCAGCUGGAAGUCCCAAGGUUCUGAUAAAACUCUCAACUUGCUCAUUGUGGGUUCUGAGCACUUGGCCAGUGAUCUACUUAAUGACAUUCGCAUGUGCACCGGCUCCAAAGGCGAAUAUAUAUAUGAGAAUCAAACAUAUUAUCUUAACUACCGCAUAGCGAAUGGAGAUAUGGAAGCCUUUAAAGCUAUUGAUGUCUAUUCAAGCGGUUUGAUUUGUGUCUACUCAAAUCUGCAGUCUUUUGAAACUCUUAAGGACAAUCUCGAACGAACACUGCUUUGCAAUUUGGAAUUAGAGGAUAAGUUUGAAAAUCUUCCAAUAGUAUUAGUCUAUCAACCACAAGAUCUAAAGGAGAACGAAGUUGAGUAUCUGAGAAAUGAGGGUUUGCGUUUGGCCGAAAUGUUGCAUUGCGAUUUCAUUGAUCACCAGCAAAGCCAUCAGAAAUAUGUCUAUGAAAUUUUGAAUAUAGUCAUUGAUUCUUUGCGAGUUUCCGAAAUGAAGACCUUGGAAACUUUUCCACCCAAUCAAACGGAUUUGCGUAUUUUAGUGUGCAUGUUUUGUGGCGAUCAAUAUGACAUAGAAAAUCUGGUAAAUCCCCUUAUAGAUGAAUCCACAUUUUGCAAAGCAAUGGAACAUUCCGUAGUUGUGGACGUCUUCAUAGGUGAUUCCAAGAAACGUGUGGAAUUUAUAUUGUCAUCAUACCAUGGCAUAAAUCAAUAUCGUGAUGAAUUGAUACAUGGUUUUAUAUUUGUGUACUCCACCAAAAGGCGCUCUUCCUUGGCUAAUCUUAGUGUCUUGGUAUCGCAAAAUGCCAAUAUACCUUUGCAGAUUAUAGCGAUUACCGAAAGUGGAGGAGCUAAUGCAUUUUUCAGCAGUGAACUGUGUCAAUUUCUUAUAACCGAAGGUAAUUCUUUGGCAGAUCGUUACAAAGCAAGCUUUAUGACAUUCUCAGCGGAUCAAUAUGUAAAAUUUGCUUUCUAUAGUCCAUUUUUGAAAAAUGCUUGGGAUAACAAAUAUGAUGUAGAAAAUCUACACGUCGAAGAGUCAAUUACAUUGGAUUCAGGCGAGGGCACACUUGAGAACUCGGUUAAGUUGCCCAGACCACCACCGCGACAUGAAAGCUAUAUGUUAUCGAGUACCUUAGGUACGGAUGGCUCCGGCAGCGAAAACUACGAAAUGCUUCCUACACGUUCUCUAAACUCAUUAAAUGAAGAAAGAGACAUAUCUUUAGAUGAAAUCUACGAAGAAAGCAACGAAAAACCAAAAAUGGUCCAUCAGAGAUUCCAGAUAUUUCCACCUCCAACAACUCCUCCAGAGCCAGCUCCUCCAGAUCAUCAGCUCAUUACAUGCUCAUAUAAGAGCCAAUUUGUUUCAGCUUCCGAGUCUAGUUUGGAAGAAAUAACAUCGGAUGUAAGCGGGUCAAAGGAUUCAUUGGCUACCCAUGAUGCAGAAUGGUUGGAUGAUAAAACAGAUGGGCGACGCAAUAUAAAUAAAAAUUCCAUUUGGAAUAAUUUUGGUGGCUCAACGCACGCAUAUACAACUGGUCGUAGACAUAUAGAUUCUAAUUUGAAUAAAAUUCGUCCAAAAGGUCCAAGUCAGACCCUAAAGCAACCAGGAAAAUUAAAUAUGAAAAAUUUUCAGUUAGUUAGCGAAGCUGUAGCAAAAAUGAAUUUCGGAGGCGAUUCCUAUUUGCCUAUUUGUGAGAGUGGCGAUAAGGACUCCAAACGUUAUACACAAUUCGAUCAUUCUCAGUUGGAUGGCGAUGAGGAGGACUCUGAGGAGUUAGCCGAAUAUGAACAAAUUUAUGAAAAUGAAGACUGUACCGAAUCCGAUAGUUGUGCUAGUUCAAUAGAGCGUAAAAAUCGACAACAAAAUGCCUAUUAUAAACAAAUCAAUAAAAAGCCACCCGUGAACAAAAAGACAAAGAAGAAGAAAGUUGCCAUACCGGUGCAAACUCCCAGAGUACCUACUAUGUUUGGUUCAUACGUAAGCCCACCAGAGAUACCAUUGCAUUAUCAAAGAAUGGUAACCGCCGAGAAAAAAAAAAUUGGCGAUCCCACUAUUAUAAAUGAUAUGAUAAAAACCGACAAAUCGCCAGAGUACACCAUGGUACCAGAUGCCCCUGUCUUAUUUGGCGCUCCCGAAACUCUUAACGAAUACAACAUGAAUGCCAAAUGUUUAAAGGAAUUUGAAAAAUCUGAAAAGCGUCGCCUAAAGGAGGAAAAUACUAGACUACGCAAACUGCAAGAAAAGGAAAAGGAGCAAGAAAAGAAGCUGAAACGUAAAUUAAAACAAAAUUCCAAGGGUUUCCCCGACACUGAAUCUCAAUUUGAAAAGCUUAUGAUCUCCGAUAAAGUGGAAAUUCCUAUAUUUUUAAUCAAAUGCAUAGAAUAUAUAGAAAAAGAAGGUCUGGAUUCCGAAGGCAUAUAUAGAGUUCCGGGCAGUCGUGCCCAUGUAGACUUGUUAUUUCAAAAGUUUGAAGAAGAUUCCAAUACUGUUAUUGAACUUUUGGAUAUACCUGUCAAUGCCGUGGCCACAGCUCUCAAGGAUUUUUUCUCAAAACGAUUGCCUCCAUUGUUUAGCAAGGAUAUAAUAAAGGAAUUGGAGGAAGUUGCGGGUUCACGUACAGUGUGCGGCUCUAAAGUGAAUGUUGAAGUAAAAACCGAUCGAAGUUGUCGUUUAAUGGCUUUAAAGACGUUAUUGGAAAAAUUACCGCCUGCUAAUUUUGCUAUAUUGAAGUACAUAUUUCAGCAUUUUGUGCAAGUUUCCGACAAUUCCAAACUCAAUAGCAUGGAUAGUAAAAAUUUGGCUAUAUGCUGGUGGCCCACCUUGAUUCCUAUCGAUUUUACCGAUAUGGGCCAUUUUGAGCAAUUGCGUCCUUACCUAGAAGAUAUUGUACAAACAAUGAUUGAUCAAUAUCCAUAUCUGUUUUGUGGAGAAGACGCUUUUGUCAUGGUAUAAAUGAACACCCAGUAUUUUCUUUAUUUAAUUUGUCGGUAUAUAUAUAAAUAUAUGUAUGUGUGUUUAUGUGUUAUUAAGUUGUAAAACAACAACAAAACAAAAAAAGAGAAAAAACAGCAAAAUACUUUUUAUAGUAUAAAUAAUUUCGAUAUAAGCGAGAUGAAAGGAAAGAAAAGAUCAAAAAAAAAAAGAAAGAAAAAGAAAUCGAAAGUAAUUGUGCUCACAUACCAAAACGUGUGUAUUCCGGUUUUGAUGAGUGCGUGUGGUGUAAAUCAUUGUUUUUAGUUGAUAGUUGAUUUUUAAAUUAUUAUUAUAAAAAAAAUAUGUAUUUCAUUAGUUAAUUGUACUAUGUAAAUUGAUGUCUCCGUGUGUUUGCGCGUGUAAUCGCGUAAGUAAACUUUAGUUGUAGUAAACAGAAGUGAGAUUUAAAACAACAACAGCAACCACAACAACCGCAACAAACCCGAAUAAAUAAGAAAAAACUUAAUUAAGAAGCAAAUGGAAAUAAAACAAAUCAAGCUUAAAACUUAAUUGGCAAGCCAAAAGAUAGCAAAAAAAGAAAUUCAUACAAAUAAACACAAAAAUUAAAAUUAUAAUAACAAUGAUAAUGAUAAUAAAACAGCCAGACAUACAUAGAUAGAGAACGAAGAUUUGAAACGAAGCCAAUAUUAAUUCAUAAGAAGCCAACCGAUUUUUAUCAAACUCCAACAUAUAAUAUUAUGUAGGUUAAUUCCUCCACCGCCGCCUAAGUUUUAAUUAGCCAUAAUGCGAGUUACACGCUCUCGCAUUCUUGUAAACUCUUAUUAAUUAAUGUGUGCUUUUUUAACAACAUAUACAAAAUCACUUAUUUAUAAAUUGAAUAUAUUGGAAAAAAACGUAUUGUCAAUUUGUAUUACUUUCCUACAUACAUGUAUAGAGUUUUUUUCUAUGACAUUUACAUCAACUUCUACUUCAAAACUAUCUAUCUAGAAUUUCUCUUAAAGAUCAAAUGUUUGCACUAAAGAGAUUUUUUUGUUUUAUUUUUACCAGUUGUUAUCACCAUAGCAAAAAUUUAAACUUACCCUACAUAUCUUCUUGAGGGAAUGAAUGCACAACAACAACAACAAUAAACAAUGUAUGUAUGUAUAUUUUGUAAUAGGAAAACAGCUUAUCUUAGGAACAGAAGCUAUUUAUUCCGAAAGUUUGUCUCACUCUCUCUCUCUAUUGUGAAUUGAAAUUUAUUUUGUGACCUGUUACUCUUGCUAUUGUACUUUUUACAAAACUCACUGUUAUUGUUUCUCAAUAUUUAACUCUCCUCUCACAACUACCAAAAGUAGCAAAUAGAGCUAAGGAAUACCUAUUUGGACUUUUUAUUAAAAAUGCAUCAGUGACGGUUUUAAUAAUUUUAUUGAAAUAAAAUUAAAAUAUUUUUUUAUCUUCAGCAGAAUAUUGGAGAGAUUACUUUAUUGAAUUUUUGGUAUUUGUGUAAACAUUGUCCCCUAACCACCAAAAAGGUGAAAAUAUUCAGUAAAAAAAACAACUCUUGCGUCCAUACAGUUUUCUAAAUGUAAAAUAAAAAAUGACAUUACGAUAUAAAGGCGGGUUAUACGGCUGUUUAGACGUUUAGAUUUAUUAGUCAUAUAUGACUACAACCCAGCAAAAUUAAUAAUUAAUUAGUUAUACCCUCCACCAUGGGAUGGGGUAUACUAAUUUUGUCAUUCUGUUUGUCCUCGUAAUAUUCCUCUCAGACUCCAUAAUGUAUAUACAUUCUUGAGUCAUGUCAAUUUAAGUCGAUCUAGCCAUGUCCGUCCGUCUGUCUGUCGAAAGCACGCUAUCUUUCGAAGGAGUAAAGCUAGCCGCUUGAAAUUUUGAUAUAGCUGCCAUAUAACCAGACUUCUUGAGCCUCUAGAGGCCGCAAUUCUUAUCUGUUUUGGCUGAAAUUUUGCACGACGUGUUAGGUUAUGAUUUCGAAGAACUGUGCUCAGCAUGGUCUAAAUCUCAAAAUUUUACACAAUUACCUCACUAUGGUGUCCAACAUUCAAUUCAAUUAUGGGCCGAAUCGGACCAUAACUUAAUAUAGCUCCAAUAUUAUAGCAAUUCCUUUCUUUUAUCCUUUGUUUGCCAAAAAAGAGAUAUUGGGAAAAGAACUCGACAAAUGCGAUCUAUGGUGGAGGUUUUAUAAGAUUUGACCCGGCCGAACUUAGCACGCUUUUACUUGUUUCAAAUAGUUUUUGGCCAAACGUUGCCAUGCUGGAUGAUACUGAUCCCACCAAAUAUAGAACAUUAUCUUUUCGUCAUGGACAUAUGGCCUAGGCGCUGAUUUAGCUGGCUGGCUGGCUUUCGUUGUGUAUCAAAUUUGCAUCAUUAUUUCUGUAUGGUUCAAGCUGCAUUUCCGAUAUGCAAAAUCACCUUUCAAUGUCUCUGAUUGUAUCGUAAUCUCAGGCAUAGCCCUCUAAUCAGGCAUAGCCGUAGCCCUCUAUCGUAAUCUCAGGCAUAACCGUAGCCCUCUAAUCCCUCUGUUCAUUGCGCAAACCACAAUUUUUUUUUUGAGUUGGUGCAUGUUUACCAGCUGUUUUCUAAAAUGCGGAAAGUUACCAGACUUCACUGUAAAAUAUUUAAUUUAACAUUAUGACCCUUACAAAUUUCAUUUUAUUAUUUGCUGUUUUAUUUUAGUACUGGAUACACAAGCCGUGAAAGACACAAAUAAAACGCAAAAAUGUGUCCUGGUAGUAGCGUUUUCCCACCUGUCAAAUAGGAAUAAGGAAAAACGUAAAAAUAUUUUAAAAAUGUAUAAAAUAAAAUUUAUUUUUUUCUGCCAUUCAUAAUAGAGUUAUUUCUGCGGGUGGCCAUAUUUAAUUGUGAAAAACAUAUCAGGGCAAUUCUGAAGGCAGAUUUCCUUUGAUUUUUCGUUGUACUGGAUAGGUGUUAUUUCCAUACAAUUUUCGCUGUACUGCACUGUAUAGUACUAAAAUAAAACAAGGAAAUUUAUGCCAUAUAUUGUCUAAAUCCGGAUAUUUAAAUUUUAUAAUUUAAAUUUAUUGUUGUUUUUAUUUUGGUUUCCCCUUUUUAAUACUUAUGUCAUCUCUAUAGCGAAUUUUUUAUCUAUUUUAAUACUCAUAGACUUUUUUAAUAUUUUUUUAACUAUAUUUGUUUUUUUAAUUUCUUUAAGUUUAUUUUAUAUAAUUUUUUGUUUUUUUAGUUUAUUAUUUUUUUUCAGAGCCUCGUAUUUUUUUAAUUUUCAUGCCCACUUGACUCCAUUUUUUUUAAGAAAAAAUACAGUUAUGUGGUCCAUAUAUGUUUUCCUUAGAACUCUUCGAAUGUAUUUUCUAAACAAAACAAAAACAAACACAAAAUAAUGUUUUAUAAAAAUGCUAAAAAUUCGUGUAAUAAAUUAAAAUGCUAUUAAGUUAAACAAAAAAACAAACAUAUUAUAAAAGGUGUUAUUUCUAAAAAAAUGAAUAAAAAAAGAAAACGAAAACGAAAACAUGCAUAAAUGUAUUAACGAAACAAAUGAUUGCAUAAUUUAUAUGAACUUCUCUAUAUGUGUAAUGUGUCUAAAACGCACCAUAAUCUUCCUGAUUUAAAUAUAAAAUAAUAAUAAUUAUAAUAAUAUGUAUUAUUAUUAGUAAUUAAAAACAAAUAGGUAUUACAAAUAAUAAGAUAUUUUAUAAAAUGACGAAACAAAAACAACAAUUUAGUGUAAUUUGUAUGUAUAAUGUCAGUGUCUAUGUGUCUAUUGCAUAAACAACCAAUUAUUAAAUAACUAAUAUUAAUAUUAAUAUUAUAUAUAUAUAUUAUAUUAUAUAUUUACUACUGAUUAACGUGAUGUGGUGUAUUGAUAUUUUUAAAAACGAACCCAAAAAAAAGAAGCGAAAAAUUAAAAAAAAAAUACGAAAGCAAAUUGAUAUUAACGGUCAUUUCUGAUAUUCAUAUACACACACUCAUGCAUAUACAUGCGUGGCAUUUGUGUAUGCGUUCGUGUACUAAGGUAAAACAAAAGAAACAAACAUAACAAAAAAAAAAAAACGACCGUCGUAUAUGAGGAGUAAAAACCAAGAAGAAGUAAAGAAAUAAAAUAAUUUUGAAAUAACUGUGCAAAA